AUGCCGUUACGCAUUCAGACGCGCUCUUUCUCGGUGCUCAACCGCCCAAAGCCAAACUAUCCCGGCCAUGUGCCUCUGAACAUUGUCGAGCGAUGCGGCCUGGCCGUCGGUUCUGCCCUGGGCUCCAUGCUCAACCAUCACCGCCACGACCUAGUCGCUGCCCUCGGCGAGGCAACAUGCCAGCCCUAUUUCAUCACACGCCUGCGACAGAGCAUGCUAUCGCAUCCUACAGGCCGCCGUAUCCUCCGUGACCGUCCCCGCAUCUCAUCCAAGACCAUGUCGCUCCAAUACCUGCGCACUCUGCCCGACAACUCGGUCGGCCGUGUCUACGCCCAAUGGCUCGAUCGUGAAGGUGUUACUCCCGACACUCGCGACCAGGUUCGCUACAUCGAUGAUCCGGAAGAGGCCUAUGUCAUGCAACGCUACCGCGAGUCGCACGACUUCUACCACGCCCUCACCGGCUUGCCCGUCUUCGCAGAGGGCGAGAUUGCUCUCAAAGCCUUCGAGUUUGCAAACACUCUUCUACCCAUGACUGCUCUUUCCAUGGCUGCCGUCGUGAAACUCAAGCCCGCCGCUCGCCGCCGUUUCUGGUCCACAUAUCUGCCUUGGGCUGUGUCCAAUGGCCUGCGCGCUGAACAUGUCAUCAACAUUUACUGGGAAGAAGUCCUGCACAAGGACUGCGCUCAGCUGAGAAAAGAGCUGGGCAUCCAAAUGCCUCCAGACCUCCGUGAACAAAGAAAGAUUAUGCGAGACCAGAAGAAGGCCGAAAAGGCCGCUCGCGAAGCUAGUCAAACCGUCGGCAAAGCUGUCAUGUCAAACUAA